AUGGCGAGCAGAAACCUAGAAAAGAUGGCAUCCAUCGAUGCUCAGCUUCGUCAAUUGGUUCCUGCUAAAGUCAGCGAGGAUGAUAAACUUGUUGAGUACGAUGCUUUACUCUUAGAUCGAUUCCUUGAUAUUCUUCAGGAUUUACACGGAGAAGAUCUCAAGGAAACGGUUCAAGAAGUAUAUGAACUUUCUGCAGAGUAUGAAGGAAAGCAUGAUCCGCAGAAACUUGAAGAACUUGGAAAUUUGAUUACUAGUUUGGAUGCGGGAGAUUCUAUUGUUGUAGCCAAGUCCUUUUCGCAUAUGCUUAACUUGGCAAAUUUAGCGGAAGAGGUUCAGAUUGCUCACCGGCGAAGGAUUAAGUUGAAGAAGGGUGAUUUUGCUGAUGAGAAUAAUGCAACAACUGAAUCUGAUAUUGAGGAAACUCUUAAGAGACUUGUAGGGGAUUUGAACAAGACUCCUCAGGAGGUUUUUGAUGCACUUAAGAACCAGACUGUUGAUUUGGUUCUUACUGCUCAUCCUACGCAGUCGAUUCGGAGAUCUUUGCUUCAAAAGCAUGGAAGGAUACGGAAUUGUUUGACACAAUUGUAUGCCAAAGACAUUACUCCUGAUGAUAAGCAGGAGCUUGAUGAGGCUCUACAGAGGGAGAUCCAAGCUGCCUUCCGUACUGAUGAAAUCAGGAGGACUCCUCCAACCCCACAAGAUGAGAUGAGAGCUGGGAUGAGCUACUUCCAUGAAACAAUUUGGAUGGGUGUACCAAAAUUUCUCCGUCGUGUUGAUACAGCAUUGAAGAACAUAGGGAUUAAUGAACGUGUCCCAUAUAAUGCGCCACUUAUUCAGUUUUCUUCUUGGAUGGGUGGUGAUCGAGAUGGAAAUCCAAGAGUAACUCCUGAAGUGACAAGAGAUGUUUGCUUAUUGGCUAGAAUGAUGGCUGCUAAUUUGUAUUAUUCCCAGAUAGAGGAUCUUAUGUUUGAACUGUCAAUGUGGCGCUGCAAUGAUGAGCUACGUGUCCGUGCAGAAGAACUUAACAGGUCUUCUAAGAAAGACGCAGUCGCAAAACACUAUAUAGAGUUCUGGAAAAACAUUCCUCCAAACGAACCAUAUCGAGUGCUACUUGGUGAAGUAAGGGAUAGGCUCUACCAAACUCGUGAGCGUUCUCGCCAUUUGUUAGCAAAUGGGUACUCUGACAUUCCAGAGGAACAUACCUUCACCAAUGUUGACGAGUUCUUGGAACCUCUUGAACUCUGUUAUAGAUCACUUUGUGCUUGUGGUGAUCGCACAAUUGCUGAUGGAAGUCUUCUAGAUUUCUUGAGGCAAGUCUCUACUUUUGGUCUUUCACUAGUGAGGCUUGAUAUCAGGCAAGAGUCAGACCGUCAUACUGAUGUGUUGGGUGCCAUUACAAAACACCUGGAAAUUGGCUCCUACCUAGAAUGGUCUGAAGAAAAGCGGCAGCAAUGGCUUUUGUCUGAACUGAGUGGCAAGCGCCCCUUGUUUGGGACUGAUCUUCCUCAAACUGAAGAAAUUAGAGAUGUUUUGGACACAUUUCAUGUCAUAGCCGAACUACCAUCAGACAACUUUGGAGCAUAUAUCAUAUCAAUGGCUACUGCACCAUCCGAUGUGCUUGCAGUUGAACUUUUGCAACGUGAAUGCCAUGUCAAGCAACCGUUGAGAGUUGUACCGUUGUUUGAGAAGCUUGCAGAUCUGGAGGCAGCUCCUGCCGCUUUGGCCAGGUUGUUUUCAAUAGAUUGGUACAAAAAUCGGAUCAAUGGGAAACAAGAAGUCAUGAUUGGGUAUUCUGAUUCAGGUAAAGAUGCUGGAAGGUUUUCUGCGGCAUGGCAGCUAUACAAGGCUCAAGAGGAGCUUAUAAAGGUAGCCAAGGAAUAUGGUGUUAAACUAACUAUGUUCCAUGGUCGUGGAGGGACUGUUGGGAGAGGUGGCGGUCCCACUCAUCUUGCUAUCCUGUCUCAGCCUCCAGAUACUAUCCAUGGAUCACUUCGUGUCACUGUCCAAGGAGAAGUUAUUGAGCAAUCAUUUGGUGAGCAGCACUUGUGUUUCAGAACACUACAACGUUUCACUGCAGCUACUCUAGAGCAUGGAAUGCAUCCUCCAAUAUCUCCUAAACCAGAAUGGCGUGCUUUGAUGGAUCAGAUGGCUGUCAUUGCCACAGAAGAGUACCGUUGUAUGGUAUUCCAAGAACCCCGUUUUGUUGAGUAUUUCAGGCUGGCUACUCCAGAGUUGGAGUAUGGCCGUAUGAAUAUCGGAAGUCGACCGGCAAAGCGAAAGCCAAGUGGAGGUAUUGAGACACUCCGUGCAAUACCUUGGAUCUUUGCCUGGACACAAACAAGGUUUCAUCUUCCAGUGUGGCUAGGCUUUGGGGCAGCAUUCAAGCAUGUUAUUGACAAGGAUAUUAGAAAUCUUCAAAUGCUUCAAGAGAUGUACAAUCAAUGGCCUUUCUUUAGGGUCACUAUUGAUUUAGUGGAAAUGGUGUUUGCCAAGGGAGACCCUGGUAUUGCUGCUCUAUAUGACAGGCUCCUUGUUUCAAAUGAUCUAUGGUCAUUUGGGGAGCUGUUGAGAACCAAAUUCGAAGAAACUAAGAAACUUCUUCUUCAGGUGGCUGCGCACAAGGAUCUUCUUGAGGGAGAUCCUUACUUGAAGCAAAGACUCCGUCUGCGUGAUUCGUACAUUACUACCUUGAAUGUUUGUCAGGCCUACACAUUGAAACGCAUCCGUGAUCCCAACUACAAUGUAAAGCUACGCCCCCAUAUCUCCAAAGAGUUUAUAGAGAUAAGUAAAGCUGCUGAUGAACUUGUAACACUGAAUCCAACCAGUGAAUAUGCACCUGGUUUGGAAGACACCCUCAUUCUCACUAUGAAGGGUAUUGCUGCUGGCUUGCAAAACACCGGUUAA